AUGCCCGCAACCGAAAUUUUCGACGACCUGGAUGACUCAGUCGAAGAGCUCGAUUCCUGGCUCGCAAUAUACCGCCGCCUCGUACGUACGGCACCUCCAUCGCUCCUCGAGAUCGCACAGACGGCGUUCAACGCCAUGAACGACGUCUACACCAAGCGCGCGGGAGAGCAAGAUCAGGUGGGUGCAGAGUUGGUCGACGCCGAGCGCGGCCGCGCGACGGCUCGUGAUGAUUUCGUCGCCCAGAAACACGGCCUCCGCGGUAGCCACGGAGGCGACGAUGGCAGUGGCGACGCGCGAGAAACAGGCUCUGGCUCGCCCGCUGAGUCCUAG